GAUUAUAGAUUACUAUCGAAAAAAGGAGAAGGUACCUUCUCAGAAGUAUUAAAAUGCCAGCAUAUCAAGGAAGGCACCUAUUAUGCGUGUAAGAAGAUGAAGCAACGCUAUAACAGCACGGAACAAGUAAAUAACUUGCGUGAAGUUCAAGCUCUACGACGAUUAUCAUCCCAUCCCAAUGUUCUUCAAUUAAAGGAAGUCGUCUUUGAGAAAAAAACUGGUUCGUUAUGGCUAGUCUGUGAAUUAAUGGAUAUGAAUUUAUACGAGUUAAUACGAGGUUUGCGCGAUUAUCUAUCAGAAGAUAAAGUUAAGAGAUACAUGUGGCAAUUAUUAAAAUCGAUGGACUACAUGCACAGAAAUGGCAUUUUCCACCGUGACAUUAAGCCUGAGAAUAUCUUGUUAAAAGAUAGUCUUAUUAAAUUAGCUGAUUUUGGCUCUUGCCGUAGUGUUUAUUCUAAGCCUCCUUAUACAGAAUACAUUUCAACUCGAUGGUAUCGUGCUCCGGAAUGUUUAUUAACAGAUGGCUAUUAUACUUAUAAAAUGGAUAUGUGGAGUGUUGGAUGUGUUCUGUUCGAAAUUAUGACUUUGCAUCCACUUUUUCCUGGAGCUAAUGAAGUUGAUCAAGUUGCUAAAAUCCAUGAUAUCAUGGGUACUCCUCCUGAUCAUCUAUUGCAAAAAUUUAAAGAGUAA